AUGCUCGAACACAAAGAAGGCAAAUUGAUUUAUACUUUCGAUGCCGAGACGCUAUGGAUCGAAUCAUGGGGACCUAAUGCUGUUCGAAUCCGGUCAACUCGGGCACCCCAAAUUCCUGAUCAGAAUUGGGCUCUACUUGACCCCGGUGCAAAUCAAGCCACAAUCACCAUUCAGCCCGAUGGCGAGGGGUUGCUACAGAAUGGCAAGCUCCGAGCCAGCAUCUCGAGAGCUGGAAAAAUCCAGGUCCAUGAUUCCAAGGGGAACCUUCUUUUGCAGGAAUACACCCGGAAUCGCAAGGAUGUCAGGGACCCCAAGUGCAGCGCUAUCAAAGUGGAGGGUCGAGAAUUCAAAGCAAUCGCAAACACUGAGAGCUAUCAGCUCACAGCUCGAUUCGAGAGCGUUGACCCGGAUGAGAUGCUGUUCGGCAUGGGCCAGUAUCAGCAACCAUUCCAUGACCUCAAGGGACAUGAGCUCGAGCUGGCGCAUCGCAAUUCACAGGCCAGUGUGCCUUUCCUAGUUUCUUCUCUGGGAUAUGGAUUGCUUUGGAACAAUCCUUCUAUCGGGAAGUCAUUUUUAGGACGCAAUAUCAUGUCUUUUGAGGCGCGUUCCACCACUGUUUUGGAUUACUGGGUGGUUGCGGGAGACACGCCUGCUGAAAUAAUCGAGAGCUAUACCGCAGCUGUCGGCAGGGUGCCAAUGAUGCCAGAGUUUGGUCUGGGAUUUUGGCAGUGCAAGCUGCGUUAUCAGACACAGGAUGAACUUCUUGAGGUUGCCCGAGAAUAUAAGCGUCGGCAAUUACCUAUUGACCUGAUUGUUAUCGACUUUUUCCAUUGGCCGCUACAAGGUGACUGGCGAUUCGAUCCCACCUACUGGCCCAACCCAGCUGCAAUGGUUGAAGAGCUCAAGAGUAUGGAAAUUGAGCUCAUGGUCAGUGUUUGGCCUACCGUCGAUAAACGAAGCGAGAACUAUCGCGAGAUGGUCGAAAAGGGAUUUCUAAUUCGGACCGAUCGAGGAGUCCGUACUGCCAUGGACUUCCAGGGGGAUACCAUACAUUUCGAUGCAACACAUUCAGGUGCUAGGGCCUACGUUUGGGGAAAAUGCAAAAAUAACUACUAUGACAUCGGUAUCCGUGUUUUCUGGCUUGAUGAAGCGGAGCCAGAGUACAAAGCCUACGAUUUUGACAAUUUCCGAUAUCACAAAGGACCUAAUACUGCCAUCGGAAAUAUCUAUCCUCUGGACUAUGCCAAGGCCUUCUACGACGGUAUGGAACAAGAGGGCCAAGAGAAUAUUGUCAAUCUAGUCCGAUGUGCGUGGGCAGGCAGUCAGAGAUAUGGCGCCCUGGUCUGGAGUGGAGAUAUCGCCUCUUCAUGGGACAGUCUUCGGAAUCAACUCUCUGCUGGGCUGCAUAUGGGAAUGUGUGGAAUUGCAUGGUGGACUACUGACAUCGGUGGGUUCCAUGGAGGAGAUCCAUCGGAUGGGAAAUUCAGAGAACUUUUUGUUCGAUGGUUCCAAUGGGGUGCAUUUUGUCCAGUCAUGCGUCUUCAUGGAGAUCGUGAGCCCAGGCAGCCCGUCAAAGGCACAACGGGCGGGGCAUCAUGUGCCAGUGGUGCAGACAAUGAAGUAUGGUCAUACGGGCCCGAGGUGUACGAGAUCUGCAAAAAGUAUAUGCUGCAGAGGGAGCACCUGCGUGACUAUACUCGCAAUCUCAUGGAGGAAGCUCAUCUGAAAGGAUCUCCGAUUAUGCGCACGCUCUUUUACCAAUUCCCAAGAGACCCAGACUGUUGGAAGAUUGGCACUCAGUACAUGUACGGAGACAGAUUUCUUUGCUGCCCUGUUCUUCAUGAGGGUGACCGUACCAUCAAGGUAUAUUUACCAAAACUGAAUGGUGAUAAAUGGAUUCCCUUUAAGAGUGGAGCAGAAAAUCCGACCAGAUACGAUGGAGGGCAGUGGAUUGAGAUUCAGGCGCCUCUCGACUGGAUGCCAGUAUUCGAACGAGGAGCCUUUUAG